AUGGCUGAAGAGGAGGAAACCAGGGAGGUGCUCUUCUCUGACUUCGGUCCAGAGAAACAGGGAAUGACCCUUGAGCAGUCAGGCGAAGGAGAGAUCUAUGUCAAAGAGGUGAAAAUGGAGUCGCCUGCUGGACGCACUGGAAGAGUACACGAGGGUGAUCAAAUUGUGGGUGCCACCAUUUACUUUGACAACAUGAGUUCUGAGGAGACAGCGGAGCUCCUCAAGACCCUAAACAAACACAAGGUUGGUCUGAAACUACAGAACAAGGACAAGUCACCAUGCCGCUCCCCCAUGGGCACUAUGUCACCCUGCCGCUCCCCAAUGGGAACUCUGACGUAUGAAGGGAAGGGGAGGUUUGGAGGCUCCAGCCAAGACAGUAUCCUGAGUGGGGAUGAUGAAGAUUACAAGAGAAUAUAUUCCAAGAAGAUUAAGCCCCGACUGAAGUCUGAGGAUCUGGCUGAGGGCGUGGACGUCCAUACGGAGCGCCACAGCAGCACCAGCACUGACGGCAGCACGAUCACCACUAUCACCCGUCGCAUCACUACCUACUCUGUAGAUAUGCCAGGGGGCGUGGACGAGCAGCUUGAGCUCACCGGGCCAGAGUUCAAAGGGAAACGAUACGACAGUCAGAAGGGGGUCAGCUCGUCUCAAAUACGAGUUUUACACGGAAGCGGAAGCUCUUCAGGUAUAGGAGGUGGAUUGGAGGGGGGUGAUUUUGAACUAGGAGGUGAUGGUGUUUCCUUCACUGGGCCGCAUGUAACUAGCUCUUCUGAGAAGCACUGGAGCACUGGAGGGGUGAAAACCACCACUAUUACGAGGGAGAUAGAGGGCGGAGAUGGUGGAGCAGCAGGGAUCAGAUUCAAAGGACCUAACUUUGGAAUGUCGGGGCGAAGGGUCAGCGGGAGUUUGGCCUCUAUAGAGGGGGUCAGCAGGGAGACGGGGAGCGUUCAGGUUUCAGAAGGAAAGAAGAUAGGUGGUAUUGAUAUCAAAGCACCUAAAGUAGACAUUAACGUUUCAGGUGUUGAUGUUCAUGAUCCAGAAGGCGGAUUCAAGAUACCCAAAGUAAAGAUGCCAUCAUUUGGAAUCAAAGGAGCGGGACGUGAGGGACCAGAUGUUGAUGUCAACCGACCAAAAACUGACAUUGACAUCAAGUCUCCCAAAGUGGACAUUAAAGGUCCAGAACUUGACAUUGAAGGUCCAGAUGGUAUCAAAGGGUCAAAAUUCAAGAUGCCGACAAUAUCAGGACCAAACAUCUCAAUGCCCGACGUGGACUUCAAUCUGAAAGGUCCAAAGAUGAAAGGAGAUUUUGAUGUGUCAGGAGACCUCAAAGCACCCAAAGUAGACAUUGAAGGUCCAGAUGUUGACAUUGAAGGUUCAGGAGGAUUUAAGAUGCCAAAGAUGAAGAUGCCGUCAUUUGGAUUCAAAGGACCUAAACUGGAGGGGCCAGAUGUUAAUCUCAACCUUCCUAAAGCUGACACUGACAUCAAUGCUCCCAAUGUUGACAUUAAAGGUCCAUCAAUAUCAGGACCAAAGAUCUCCAUGCCCGAUAUGGACUUCAAUCUGAAAGGUCCAAAGAUAAAGGGAGAUUUCGAUGUGUCAGGACCCAAGAUAGAAGGAGACCUCAAAAUGCCAUCAUUUGGAUUCAAAGGACCUAAAUUGGAGGGUCCAGAUGUUGAUGUUAACCUACCAAGAGCUGAUAUAGACAUCAAAGCUCCCAAAGUGGACAUUAAAGGUCCAGAACUUGACAUUGAAGGUCCAGAUGGAAAAAUCAAAGGGCCAAAAUUCAAGAUGCCAUCAAUUUCAGGACCGAAGAUCUCCAUGCCUGAUGUGGAUUUCAACCUAAAAGGUUCAAAGAUGAAAGGAGAUUUCGAUGUGUCAGGGCCCAAGAUAGAAGGAGACCUCAAAGCACCCAAAGUAGAGAUAGAAGGGCCAGAUCUUGACAUUGAAGGUUCAGGAGGAUUUAAGAUGCCAAAGAUGAAGAUGCCAUCAUUUGGAUUCAAAGGACCUAAAUUGGAGGGUCCAGAUGUUGAUGUUAACCUACCAAGAGCUGAUAUAGACAUCAAAGCUCCCAAAGUGGACAUUAAAGGUCCAGAACUUGACAUUGAAGGCCCUGAUGGUAAAAUCAAAGGGCCGAAAUUCAAGAUGCCGUCAAUGUCAGGACCAAAGAUCUCCAUGCCCGAUGUGGACUUCAAUCUGAAAGGCCCAAAGAUGAAGGGAGAUUUCGAUGUAUCAGGGCCCAAGAUAGAAGGAGACCUCAAAGCACCCAAAGUAGACAUAGAGGGGCCCGAUGUUGACAUUGAAGGUUCAGGAGGAUUUAAGAUGCCAAAGAUGAAGAUGCCAUCAUUUGGAUUCAAAGGUCCUAAAUUGGAGGGUCCAGAUGUUGAUGUUAACCUACCAAGAGCUGAUAUAGACUUUAAAGCCCCCAAAGUGGACAUUAAAGGUCCAGAACUUGACAUUGAAGGCCCUGAUGGUAAAAUCAAAGGGUCGAAAUUCAAGAUGCCGUCAAUGUCAGGACCAAAGAUCUCCAUGCCUGAUGUGGACUUCAAUCUGAAAGGUCCAAAGAUGAAGGGAGAUUUCGAUGUGUCUGGGCCCAAGAUAGAAGGAGACCUCAAAGCACCCAAAGUAGACAUAGAGGGGCCAGAUGUUGACAUUGAAGGUUCAGGAGGAUUUAAGAUGCCAAAGAUGAAGAUGCCAUCAUUUGGAUUCAAAGGACCUAAAUUGGAGGGUCCAGAUGUUGAUGUUAACCUUCCAAGAGCUGAUAUAGACAUCAAAGCUCCCAAAGUGGACAUUAAAGGUCCAGAUCUUGACAUUGAAUGUCCAGAUGGAAAAAUCAAAGGGCCAAAAUUCAAGAUGCCAUCAAUUUCAGGACCAAAGAUCUCCAUGCCCGAUAUGGACUUCAAUCUGAAAGGUCCAAAGAUAAAGGGAGAUUUCGAUGUGUCAGGACCCAAGAUAGAAGGAGACCUCAAAGCACCCAAAGUAGACAUAGAGAGGGCAGAUCUUGACAUUGAAGGUUCAGGAGGAUUUAAGAUGCCAAAGAUGAAGAUGCCAUCAUUUGGAUUCAAAGGACCUAAAUUGGAGGGUCCAGAUGUUGAUGUUAACCUACCAAGAGCUGAUAUAGACAUCAAAGCUCCCAAAGUGGACAUUAAAGGUCCAGAACUUGACAUUGAAGGUCCAGAUGGAAAAAUCAAAGGGCCAAAAUUCAAGAUGCCAUCAAUUUCAGGACCGAAGAUCUCCAUGCCUGAUGUGGAUUUCAACCUAAAAGGUUCAAAGAUGAAAGGAGAUUUCGAUGUGUCAGGGCCCAAGAUAGAAGGAGACCUCAAAGCACCCAAAGUAGAGAUAGAAGGGCCAGAUCUUGACAUUGAAGGUUCAGGAGGAUUUAAGAUGCCAAAGAUGAAGAUGCCAUCAUUUGGAUUCAAAGGACCUAAAUUGGAGGGUCCAGAUGUUGAUGUUAACCUACCAAGAGCUGAUAUAGACAUCAAAGCUCCCAAAGUGGACAUUAAAGGUCCAGAACUUGACAUUGAAGGCCCUGAUGGUAAAAUCAAAGGGCCGAAAUUCAAGAUGCCGUCAAUGUCAGGACCAAAGAUCUCCAUGCCCGAUGUGGACUUCAAUCUGAAAGGCCCAAAGGUGAAGGGAGAUUUUGAUAUGUCAGGAGACCUUAAAGCACUCAAAGUAGACAUUGAAGGUCCAGAUCUUGACAUUGAAGCACCCAAAGUAGACAUAGAGGGGCCCGAUGUUGACAUUGAAGGUUCAGGAGGAUUUAAGAUGCCAAAGAUGAAGAUGCCAUCAUUUGGAUUCAAAGGUCCUAAAUUGGAGGGUCCAGAUGUUGAUGUUAACCUACCAAGAGCUGAUAUAGACUUUAAAGCCCCCAAAGUGGACAUUAAAGGUCCAGAACUUGACAUUGAAGGCCCUGAUGGUAAAAUCAAAGGGUCGAAAUUCAAGAUGCCGUCAAUGUCAGGACCAAAGAUCUCCAUGCCUGAUGUGGACUUCAAUCUGAAAGGUCCAAAGAUGAAGGGAGAUUUCGAUGUGUCUGGGCCCAAGAUAGAAGGAGACCUCAAAGCACCCAAAGUAGACAUAGAGGGGCCAGAUGUUGACAUUGAAGGUUCAGGAGGAUUUAAGAUGCCAAAGAUGAAGAUGCCAUCAUUUGGAUUCAAAGGACCUAAAUUGGAGGGUCCAGAUGUUGAUGUUAACCUUCCAAGAGCUGAUAUAGACAUCAAAGCUCCCAAAGUGGACAUUAAAGGUCCAGAUCUUGACAUUGAAGGUCCAGAUGGAAAAAUCAAAGGGCCAAAAUUCAAGAUGCCAUCAAUUUCAGGACCAAAGAUCUCCAUGCCCGAUAUGGACUUCAAUCUGAAAGGUCCAAAGAUGAAGGGAGAUUUCGAUGUGUCAGGGCCCAAGAUAGAAGGAGACCUCAAAACAUCCAAAGUAGAGAUAGAAGGGCCAGAUCUUGACAUUGAAGGUUCAGGAGGAUUUAAGAUGCCAAAGAUGAAGAUGCCAUCAUUUGGAUUCAAAGGACAUAAAUUGGAGGGUCCAGACGUUGAUGUUAACCUACCAAGAGCUGAUAUAGACAUCAAAGCUCUCAAAGUGGACAUUAAAGGUCCAGAACUUGACAUUGAAGGUCCAGAUGGUAAAAUCAAAGGGUCAAAAUUCAAGAUGCCGACAAUAUCAGGACCAAACAUCUCAAUGCCCGACAUGGACUUCAAUCUGAAAGGUCCAAAGAUGAAAGGAGAUUUUGAUGUGUCAGGAGACCUCAAAGCACCCAAAGUAGACAUAGAAGGUCCAGAUGUUGACAUUGAAGGUUCAGGAGGAUUUAAGAUGCCAAAGAUGAAGAUAACAUCAUUUGGAAUCAAAGGACCCAAACUGGAGGGGCCAGAUGUUGAUCUCAACCUUCCUAAAAUCUCCAUGCCCGAUAUGGACUUCAAUCUGAAAGGUCCAAAGAUAAAGGGAGAUUUCGAUGUGUCAGGACCCAAGAUAGAAGGAGACCUCAAAGCACCCAAAGUAGACAUAGAGAGGGCAGAUCUUGACAUUGAAGGUUCAGGAGGAUUUAAGAUGCCAAAGAUGAAGAUGCCAUCAUUUGGAUUCAAAGGACCUAAAUUGGAGGGUCCAGAUGUUGAUGUUAACCUACCAAGAGCUGAUAUAGACAUCAAAGCUCCCAAAGUGGACAUUAAAGGUCCAGAACUUGACAUUGAAGGUCCAGAUGGAAAAAUCAAAGGGCCAAAAUUCAAGAUGCCAUCAAUUUCAGGACCGAAGAUCUCCAUGCCCGAUGUGGAUUUCAACCUAAAAGGUCCAAAGAUGAAAGGAGAUUUCGAUAUGUCAGGGCCCAAGAUAGAAGGAGACCUCAAAGCACCCAAAGUAGAGAUCAAAGCUCCCAACGUGGACAUUAAAGGUCCAGAACUUGACAUUGAAGGCCCUGAUGGUAAAAUCAAAGGGCCGAAAUUCAAGAUGCCGUCAAUGUCAGGACCAAAGAUCUCCAUGCCCGAUGUGGACUUCAAUCUGAAAGGUCCAAAGAUGAAGGGAGAUUUUGAUAUGUCAGGAGACCUUAAAGCACCCAAAGUAGACAUUGAAGGUCCAGAUCUUGACAUUGAAGGUCCAGAUGGAAAAAUCAAAGGGCCGAAAUUCAAGAUGCCGUCAAUGUCAGGACCAAAGAUCUCCAUGCCUGAUAUGGACUUCAAUCUGAAAGGUCCAAAGAUGAAGGGAGAUUUCGAUGUAUCAGGGUGCAAGAUAGAAGGAGACCUCAAAGCACCCAAAGUUGACAUAGAGGGGCCAGAUGUUGACAUUGAAGGUUCAGGAGGAUUUAAGAUGCCAAAGAUGAAGAUGCCAUCAUUUGGAUUCAAAGGUCCUAAAUUGGAGGGUCCAGAUGUUGAUGUUAACCUACCAAGAGCUGAUAUAGACAUCAAGGCUCCCAAAGUGGACAUUAAAGGUCCAGAACUUGACAUUGAAGGCCCUGAUGGUAAAAUCAAAGGGCCGAAAUUCAAGAUGCCGUCAAUGUCAGGACCAAAGAUCUCCAUGCCUGAUGUGGACUUCAAUCUGAAAGGUCCAAAGAUGAAGGGAGAUUUCGAUGUGUCAGGGCCCAAGAUAGAAGGAGACCUCAAAGCACCCAAAGUAGAGAUAGAAGGGCCAGAUCUUGACAUUGAAGGUUCAGGAGGAUUUAAGAUGCCAAAGAUGAAGAUGCCAUCAUUUGGAUUCAAAGGUCCUAAAUUGGAGGGUCCAGAUGUUGAUGUUAACCUACCAAGAGCUGAUAUAGACAUCAAAGCUCCCAAAGUGGACAUUAAAGGUCCAGAACUUGACAUUGAAGGCCCUGAUGGUAAAAUCAAAGGGCCGAAAUUCAAGAUGCCGUCAAUGUCAGGACCAAAGAUCUCCAUGCCCGAUGUGGACUUCAACCUAAAAGGUCCAAAGAUGAAGGGAGAUUUCGAUGUGUCAGGGCCCAAGAUAGAAGGAGACCUCAAAGCACCCAAAGUAGACAUAGAGGGGCCAGAUGUUGACAUUGAAGGUCCAGAACUUGACAUUGAAGGCCCUGAUGGUAAAAUAAAAGGGCCGAAAUUCAAGAUGCCAUCAAUUUCAGGACCAAAGAUCUCCAUGCCCGAUGUGGACUUCAACCUGAAAGGCCCAAAGGUGAAGGGAGAUUUUGAUAUGUCAGGAGACCUUAAAGCACCCAAAGUAGACAUUGAAGGUCCAGAUCUUGACAUUGAAGGUCCAGAUGGAAAAAUCAAAGGGCCAAAAUUCAAGAUGCCAUCAAUUUCAGGACCAAAGAUCUCCAUGCCCGAUGUGGACUUCAAUCUGAAAGGUCCAAAGAUGAAGGGAGAUUUCGAUGUGUCAGGGCCCAAGAUAGAAGGAGACCUCAAAGCACCCAAAGUAGAGAUAGAAGGUCCAGAUGUUGACAUUGAAGGUUCAGGAGGAUUUAAGAUGCCAAAGAUGAAGAUGCCAUCAUUUGGAUUCAAAGGACCUAAAUUGGAGGGUCCAGAUGUUGAUGUUAACCUUCCAAGAGCUGAUAUAGACAUCAAAGCUCCCAAAGUGGACAUUAAAGGUCCAGAUCUUGACAUUGAAGGUCCAGAUGGAAAAAUCAAAGGGCCAAAAUUCAAGAUGCCAUCAAUUUCAGGACCAAAGAUCUCCAUGCCCGAUGUGGACUUCAAUCUGAAAGGUCCAAAGAUGAAGGGAGAUUUCGAUGUGUCAGGGCCCAAGAUAGAAGGAGACCUCAAAGCACCCAAAGUAGACAUAGAAGGGCCAGAUCUUGACAUUGAAGGUUCAGGAGGAUUUAAGAUGCCAAAGAUGAAGAUGCCAUCAUUUGGAUUCAAAGGACCUAAAUUGGAGGGUCCAGAUGUUGAUGUUAACUUUCCAAGAGCUGAUAUAGACAUCAAAGCUCCCAAAGUGGACAUUAAAGGUCCAGAUCUUGACAUUGAAGGUCCAGAUGGAAAAAUCAAAGGGCCAAAAUUCAAGAUGCCAUCAAUUUCAGGACCAAAGAUCUCCAUGCCCGAUGUGGACUUCAACCUGAAAGGCCCAAAGGUGAAGGGAGAUUUUGAUAUGUCAGGAGACCUUAAAGCACCCAAAGUAGACAUUGAAGGUCCAGAUCUUGACAUUGAAGCACCCAAAGUAGACAUAGAAGGGCCAGAUCUUGACAUUGAAGGUUCAGGAGGAUUUAAGAUGCCAAAGAUGAAGAUGCCAUCAUUUGGAUUCAAAGGACCUAAAUUGGAGGGUCCAGAUGUUGAUGUUAACCUUCCAAGAGCUGAUAUAGACAUCAAGGCUCCCAAAGUGGACAUUAAAGGUCCAGAACUUGACAUUGAAGGCCCUGAUGGUAAAAUCAAAGGGCCGAAAUUCAAGAUGCCGUCAAUGUCAGGACCAAAGAUCUCCAUGCCCGAUGUGGACUUCAACCUAAAAGGUCCAAAGAUGAAGGGAGAUUUCGAUGUGUCAGGGCCCAAGAUAGAAGGAGACCUCAAAGCACCCAAAGUAGACAUAGAGGGGCCAGAUGUUGACAUUGAAGGUUCAGGAGGAUUUAAGAUGCCAAAGAUGAAGAUGCCAUCAUUUGGAUUCAAAGGUCCUAAAUUGGAGGGUCCAGAUGUUGAUGUUAACCUACCAAGAGCUGAUAUAGACAUCAAAGCUCCCAAAGUGGACAUUAAAGGUCCAGAACUUGACAUUGAAGGCCCUGAUGGUAAAAUCAAAGGGCCGAAAUUCAAGAUGCCAUCAAUUUCAGGACCAAAGAUCUCCAUGCCUGAUGUGGACUUCAACCUGAAAGGCCCAAAGGUGAAGGGAGAUUUUGAUAUGUCAGGAGACCUUAAAGCACCCAAAGUAGACAUUGAAGGUCCAGAUCUUGACAUUGAAGGUCCAGAUGGAAAAAUCAAAGGGCCAAAAUUCAAGAUGCCAUCAAUUUCAGGACCAAAGAUCUCCAUGCCCGAUGUGGACUUCAACCUAAAAGGUCCAAAGAUGAAGGGAGAUUUCGAUGUGUCAGGGCCCAAGAUAGAAGGAGACCUCAAAGCACCCAAAGUAGACAUAGAGGGGCCAGAUGUUGACAUUGAAGGUUCAGGAGGAUUUAAGAUGCCAAAGAUGAAGAUGCCAUCAUUUGGAUUCAAAGGUCCUAAAUUGGAGGGUCCAGAUGUUGAUGUUAACCUACCAAAAGCUGAUAUAGACAUCAAAGCCCCCAAAGUGGACAUUAAAGGUCCAGAACUUGACAUUGAAGGCCCUGAUGGUAAAAUCAAAGGGCCAAAAUUCAAGAUGCCGUCAAUAUCAGGACCAAAGAUCUCCAUGCCUGAUGUGGACUUCAAUCUGAAAGGCCCAAAGGUGAAGGGAGAUUUUGAUAUGUCAGGAGACCUUAAAGCACCCAAAGUAGACAUUGAAGGUCCAGAUCUUGACAUUGAAGCACCCAAAGUAGACAUAGAGGGGCCAGAUGUUGACAUUGAAGGUUCAGGAGGAUUUAAGAUGCCAAAGAUGAAGAUGCCAUCAUUUGGAUUCAAAGGACCUAAAUUGGAGGGUCCAGAUGUUGAUGUUAACCUACCAAAAGCUGAUAUAGACAUCAAAGCCCCCAAAGUGGACAUUAAAGGUCCAGAACUUGACAUUGAAGGCCCUGAUGGUAAAAUCAAAGGGCCGAAAUUCAAGAUGCCGUCAAUGUCAGGACCAAAGAUCUCCAUGCCUGAUGUGGACUUCAAUCUGAAAGGUCCAAAGAUGAAGGGAGAUUUCGAUGUGUCAGGGCCCAAGAUAGAAGGAGACCUCAAAGCACCCAAAGUAGACAUAGAGGGGCCAGAUGUUGACAUUGAAGGUUCAGGAGGAUUUAAGAUGCCAAAGUGGAAGAUGCCAUCAUUUGGAUUCAAAGGUCCUAACUUGGAGGGUCCAGAUGUUGAUGUUAACUUACCAAGAGCUGAUAUAGACAUCAAAGCCCCCAAAGUGGACAUUAAAGGUCCAGAACUUGACAUUGAAGGCCCUGAUGGUAAAAUCAAAGGGCCAAAAUUCAAGAUGCCGUCAAUAUCAGGACCAAAGAUCUCCAUGCCCGAUGUGGACUUCAACCUGAAAGGCCCAAAGGUGAAGGGAGAUUUUGAUAUGUCAGGAGACCUUAAAGCACCCAAAGUAGACAUUGAAGGUCCAGAUCUUGACAUUGAAGCACCCAAAGUAGAGAUAGAAGGGCCAGAUCUUGACAUUGAAGGUUCAGGAGGAUUUAAGAUGCCAAAGAUGAAGAUGCCAUCAUUUGGAUUCAAAGGUCCUAAAUUGGAGGGUCCAGAUGUUGAUGUUAACCUACCAAGAGCUGAUAUAGACAUCAAAGCUCCCAAAGUAGACAUUAAAGGUCCAGAUCUUGACAUUGAAGGUCCAGAUGGAAAAAUCAAAGGGCCAAAAUUCAAGAUGCCAUCAAUUUCAGGACCGAAGAUCUCCAUGCCUGAUGUGGAUUUCAACCUAAAAGGUCCAAAGAUGAAAGGAGAUUAUGAUAUGUCAGGGCCCAAGAUAGAAGGAGACCUCAAAGCACCCAAAGUAGACAUAGAGGGGCCAGAUGUUGACAUUGAAGGUUCAGGAGGAUUUAAGAUGCCAAAGUGGAAGAUGCCAUCAUUUGGAUUCAAAGGUCCAAACUUGGAGGGUCCAGAUGUUGAUGUUAACCUACCAAGAGCUGAUAUAGACAUCAAAGCCCCCAAAGUGGACAUUGAAGGUCCAGAUCUUGACAUUGAAGGUCCAGAUGGAAAAAUCAAAGGGCCAAAAUUCAAGAUGCCGUCAAUGUCAGGACCAAAGAUCUCCAUGCCUGAUGUGGACUUCAAUCUGAAAGGUCCAAAGAUAAAGGGAGACGUGGACAUGUCUGUGCCAAUGAUUGAAGGUGACCUGAAAUCACCCAAAGUAGAUAUUGAAGGUCCAGAUGUUGACAUUGAAGCUGAAUUUGAUGGAUUGGAUGUCUCAGUUGAGAGUCCUGACAUUACACCAAAGAAGUCUAAGUUCAAAAUGCCAAAGUUUGGAUUCGGAGGGCCAAAAAUCAAGUCUCCUGAGGUUGAUGUAAAUCUAGCAAAAGCAGAUAUUAAUGUCAAAGGACCCAGUGUUGACAUUAAAGUUCCGGAAAUUGACAUUGAAUGCCCUGAUGGCAAAAUCAAGGGCCCAAAAUACAAGAUGCCAUCAAUAUCAGGACCAAAGAUCUCCAUGCCUGAUAUGGACUUCAACCUGAAAGGUCCAAAGAUGAAGGGAGAUAUUGAUAUGUCAGGAGACCUCAAAGCACCCAAAGUAGAUAUUGAAGGUCCAGAUGUUGACAUCGAAGGUUCAGGAGGAUUUAAGAUGCCAAAGAUGAAGAUGCCGUCCUUUGGAUUCAAAGGACCCAAACUGGAGGGGCCAGAUGUUGAUCUCAACCUUCCUAAAGCUGACAUUGAUAUUAAGGGGCCUAAUGUUGACAUCAAAGGUCCAGAACUGGACAUUGAAGGCCCAGAUGGUAAAAUCAAAGGGCCAAAAUUCAAGAUGCCAUCCAUAUCUGGACCAAAUAUCUCCAUGCCUGAUAUGGACUUCAACCUGAAAGGUCCAAAGAUGAAGGGAGAUGUUGAUAUGUCAGGAGACCUCAAAGCACCCAAAGUAGACAUUAAAAGUCCAAAUGUUGACAUCGAAGGUUCAGGAGGAUUUAAGAUGCCAAAGAUGAAAAUGCCAUCCUUUGGAUUUAAAGGACCUAACCUGGAGGGUCCGGAUGUCGAUCUCAACCUACCUAAAGCUGACAUUAACGUUGAAGGUCCAGAAAUUGACAUUGAAGGCCCAGAUGGUAAAAUCAGAGGGCCAAAAUUCAAGAUGCCUUCAAUGUCAGGACCAAAGAUAUCAAUGCCAGAUAUGGAUUUCAACCUGAAAGGUCCAACGGUAAAGGGAGACUUUGAUGUGUCAGUCCCCAAGAUCGAAGGAGACCUCAAAGCACCCAAAAUAGACAUUGAAGGUCCAGAUGUUGACAUUGAAGGUUCAGGAGGAUUUAAGAUGCCAAAGAUGAAGAUGCCGUCCUUUGGAUUCAAAGGACCCAAACUGGAGGGGCCAGAUGUUGAUCUCAACCUUCCUAAAGCUGACAUUGAUAUUAAGGGGCCUAAUGUUGACAUCAAAGGUCCAGAACUGGACAUUGAAGGCCCAGAUGGUAAAAUCAAAGGGCCAAAAUUCAAGAUGCCAUCCAUAUCUGGACCAAAUAUCUCCAUGCCUGAUAUGGACUUCAACCUGAAAGGUCCAAAGAUGAAGGGAGAUGUUGAUAUGUCAGGAGACCUCAAAGCACCCAAAGUAGACAUUAAAGGUCCAAAUGUUGACAUCGAAGGUCCAGAAAUUGACAUUGAAGGACCAGAUGGUAAAAUCAGAGGGCCAAAAUUCAAGAUGCCUUCAAUGUCAGGACCAAAGAUAUCAAUGCCAGAUAUGGAUUUCAACCUGAAAGGUCCAACGGUAAAGGGAGACUUUGAUGUGUCAGUCCCCAAGAUCGAAGGAGACCUCAAAGCACCCAAAAUAGACAUUGAAGGUCCAGAUGUUGACAUCGAAGGUUCAGGAGGAUUUAAGAUGCCAAAGAUGAAGAUGCCGUCCUUUGGAUUCAAAGGACCCAAACUGGAGGGGCCAGAUGUUGAUCUCAACCUUCCUAAAGCUGACAUUGAUAUUAAGGGGCCUAAUGUUGACAUCAAAGGUCCAGAACUGGACAUUGAAGGCCCAGAUGGUAAAAUCAAAGGGCCAAAAUUCAAGAUGCCAUCCAUAUCUGGACCAAAUAUCUCCAUGCCUGAUAUGGACUUCAACCUGAAAGGUCCAAAGAUGAAGGGAGAUGUUGAUAUGUCAGGAGACCUCAAAGCACCCAAAGUAGACAUUAAAGGUCCAAAUGUUGACAUUGAAGGUUCAGGAGGAUUUAAGAUGCCAAAGAUGAAAAUGCCAUCCUUUGGAUUCAAAGGACCCAAACUGGAGGGGCCAGAUGUUGAUCUCAAUCUUCCUAAAGCUGACAUUGAUAUUAAGGGGCCUAAUGUUGACAUCAAAGGUCCAGAACUGGACAUUGAAGGCCCAGAUGGCAAAAUCAAAGGGCCAAAAUUCAAGAUGCCAUCAAUAUCAGGACCAAAUAUCUCCAUGCCUGAUAUGGACUUCAACCUGAAAGGUCCAAAGAUGAAGGGAGAUAUUGAUAUGUCAGGAGACCUCAAAGCACCCAAAGUAGAUAUUGAAGGUCCAGAUGUUGACAUUGAAGGUUCAGGAGGAUUUAAGAUGCCAAAGAUGAAGAUGCCGUCCUUUGGAUUCAAAGGACCCAAACUGGAGGGGCCAGAUGUUGAUCUCAACCUUCCUAAAGCUGACAUUGAUAUUAAGGGGCCUAAUGUUGACAUCAAAGGUCCAGAACUGGACAUUGAAGGCCCAGAUGGCAAAAUCAAAGGGCCAAAAUUCAAGAUGCCAUCCAUAUCUGGACCAAAUAUCUCCAUGCCUGAUAUGGACUUCAACCUGAAAGGUCCAAAGAUGAAGGGAGAUGUUGAUAUGUCAGGAGACCUCAAAGCACCCAAAGUAGACAUUAAAGGUCCAAAUGUUGACAUCGAAGGCCCAGAUGGUAAAAUCAGAGGGCCAAAAUUCAAGAUGCCUUCAAUGUCAGGACCAAAGAUAUCAAUGCCAGAUAUGGAUUUCAACCUGAAAGGUCCAACGGUAAAGGGAGACUUUGAUGUGUCAGUCCCCAAGAUCGAAGGAGACCUCAAAGCACCCAAAAUAGACAUUGAAGGUCCAGAUGUUGACAUUGAAGGUUCAGGAGGAUUUAAGAUGCCAAAGAUGAAAAUGCCAUCCUUUGGAUUCAAAGGACCCAAACUGGAGGGGCCAGAUGUUGAUCUCAACCUUCCUAAAGCUGACAUUGAUAUUAAGAGGCCCAAUGUUGACAUCACAGGUCCAGAACUGGACAUUGAAGGCCCAGAUGGUAAAAUCAAAGGGCCAAAAUUCAAGAUGCCAUCCAUAUCUGGACCAAAUAUCUCCAUGCCUGAUAUGGACUUCAACCUGAAAGGUCCAAAGAUGAAGGGAGAUGUUGAUAUGUCAGGAGACCUCAAAGCACCCAAAGUAGACAUUAAAGGUCCAAAUGUUGACAUCGAAGGUUCAGGAGGAUUUAAGAUGCCAAAGAUGAAAAUGCCAUCCUUUGGAUUCAAAGGACCCAAACUGGAGGGGCCAGAUGUUGAUCUCAACCUUCCUAAAGCUGACAUUGAUAUUAAGAGGCCCAAUGUUGACAUCACAGGUCCAGAACUGGACAUUGAAGGCCCAGAUGGUAAAAUCAAAGGGCCAAAAUUCAAGAUGCCAUCCAUAUCUGGACCAAAUAUCUCCAUGCCUGAUAUGGACUUCAACCUGAAAGGUCCAAAGAUGAAGGGAGAUGUUGAUAUGUCAGGAGACCUCAAAGCACCCAAAGUAGACAUUAAAGGUCCAAAUGUUGACAUCGAAGGUUCAGGAGGAUUUAAGAUGCCAAAGAUGAAAAUGCCAUCCUUUGGAUUUAAAGGACCUAACCUGGAGGGUCCGGAUGUCGAUCUCAACCUACCUAAAGCUGACAUUGUCGUUGAAGGUCCAGAAAUUGACAUUGAAGGCCCAGAUGGUAAAAUCAGAGGGCCAAAAUUCAAGAUGCCUUCAAUGUCAGGACCAAAGAUAUCAAUGCCAGAUAUGGAUUUCAACCUGAAAGGUCCAACGGUAAAGGGAGACUUUGAUGUGUCAGUCCCCAAGAUCGAAGGAGACCUCAAAGCACCCAAAAUAGACAUUGAAGGUCCAGAUGUUGACAUUGAAUGUUCAGGAGGAUUUAAGAUGCCAAAGAUGAAGAUGCCGUCCUUUGGAUUCAAAGGACCCAAACUGGAGGGGCCAGAUGUUGAUCUCAACCUUCCUAAAGCUGACAUUGAUAUUAAGGGGCCUAAUGUUGACAUCAAAGGUCCAGAACUGGACAUUGAAGGCCCAGAUGGCAAAAUCAAAGGGCCAAAAUUCAAGAUGCCAUCCAUAUCUGGACCAAAUAUCUCCAUGCCUGAUAUGGACUUCAACCUGAAAGGUCCAAAGAUGAAGGGAGAUGUUGAUAUGUCAGGAGACCUCAAAGCACCCAAAGUAGACAUUAAAGGUCCAAAUGUUGACAUCGAAGGUUCAGGAGGAUUUAAGAUGCCAAAGAUGAAAAUGCCAUCCUUUGGAUUUAAAGGACCUAACCUGGAGGGUCCGGAUGUCGAUCUCAACCUACCUAAAGCUGACAUUAACGUUGAAGGUCCAGAAAUUGACAUUGAAGGCCCAGAUGGUAAAAUCAGAGGGCCAAAAUUCAAGAUGCCUUCCAUAUCUGGACCAAAGAUCUCCAUGCCUGAUAUGGACUUCAACCUGAAAGGUCCAAAGAUGAAGGGAGAUUUUGAUAUAUCAGGAGACCUCAAAGCACCCAAAGUAGACAUCGAAGGUCCAGAUGUUGAAGGUUCAGGAGGAUUUAAGAUGCCAAAGAUGAAGAUGCCAUCAUUUGGAUUCAGAGGACCUAAACUGGAGGGUCCACAUGUCGAUCUUAACCUACCUAAAGCUGAUAUUGACAUCAAGGUACCUAGUGUUGACAUUUCACGUACAGAUCUCGACAUCAGAGGUCCUGAUGCAAAGUUGUCAGGUGGUUCCCUUGAUAUGGGAUGUUCCAGUUUCAGUAUUGAAAAACCAGAGAUCAAGUUUCCAAAGUUCAAAGGUCCCACGUUUGGUAUUAAGUCCCCAGAAGUUGAAGGUCCUGAACUGAAUAUUUCUCACAGAAAGACUGAUGUGAAAGCACCCGAGGUUGACCUUAACCUAGGGGAUGCAAAUAUCAAAGGACCUAAAUUCAAUGCACCAAAGAUCCAUAUGGGAGGAAAGAGCCCCAAAUUAGAUGUUAAUUUGCCAGAGGUUGACAGUAGUCUAGAAGCCCCUGAUGUUGACAUUCAUGUCAAAGGAAAGAAAGGCAAAUUCAAACUACCCAAAAUCAAAGGGAAAGCAAAGAAACCUGAUGUUGAUAUUGACCUUGAAACUUCAGGUGUAGAUUUAGAUGUUGACUCUCCUGAUCUUCACCUGAAAGGAGCAAAAGUAAAGAAACCCUUCUUUGGAAAACUUCAUUUCCCCGAUGUGGAAUUUGAUGUAAAAUCUCCCAAAGUUAAAGGUGAUGGCUCUCUGUCUGGUGGCUUGUCAUCUGGGAGCCUACAAGCCAACAUUGGGGGCCCAGAUGUAAACGUGGAAGUCCCAGAUGUAAAAACUAAGUCUAACAUGAAAUUUCCAGGGAUGAAAGUCAAAGGGCCCCAGGUAAAUGUCCCUGAUGUUGACGUAAAUGUGAACGGGAAAAAUCUGAAAGGAGAGGCAAGCCUCUCAGGAGGUUUUAAAGAUCCUAAGACAGAUAUUGGAGGAGGAGUAGAUGUAGACUCAAAUAUUUCAGGAUACGGUGGACUACAUUUCCCAGAGGGACAUGUAUCAUUCCCCAAAAUCAGUGUUCCAAAGUACCAUGGACCAGAGAUGGGAGUAGAUGUUGAUGCAGGGUUAGAAGCAGGGGCAGGAGCAGGGUUAGCAGUGGGGGGUGGGAAGGUUGAUGUGCAGACUCCUUCGGUUAGUGGUAGAGUUAGUUCUCCGAGCCUGGAGUUGCACAGCCCAGACGUGAAGAACAGUGGUGGUAAAGUUAAUGUGAAGAUGCCAAGGUUCGGUUUUGGCAAGUCAAAAGCAAAGGGAGGUAGUGCAGCGGAACUAAGCUUCCAGGGGCCGGAUGCAGAACUUGGAGCCGGUGGUCGCGGCGGCGUUAAGGGCUCCAAAGAGUUGAGUUUAAGUCAUGGGGAGUUAGUAAGUGGUAAGUUGUCAGUAGAGGGAGGAUCUGGGCUUAGUGUGUCCCCUAAGAGCAAGUCGGCCUCACUGGAUCUUUUUAAGAAAUCAAGGCAUCGGUCUUCCUCUGUGGCGAGUGACGAGGGAGAUCUGGCUGUGUCUUCCCCCUCAAGUCACUUAAGUGCUGAGGGUGGCGACAUCUCUGUAGAUGUUGGGGGGGCCAAGGUGAAAGGAAAGAAGAGCAAGUCAAAGUUUGGCACCUUUGGUGGUUUUGGCUCAAAGUCGACGGGCUCAUAUGAAGUGACACUGGGUGAAGAUAGUGAAGAGAGAAUAGAGGGAAGUGGUGGUGUAUCUCUCCCCUCUAAAAAGUCGAGAAUCGCCUCAUCUUCCAGCAGCGACAGUGGGUCUAGAGGUGGUUUCCAUUUCCCAAAACUUGAGUUUUCUAUGUCACCAAAGAAAUGAAUGAAUUGUUGAGGCUAAUUAUAAACUCUCUCGUAUGCUACCCGAUUAUCUUCUCCGUAUACACAACAGCCCUAUCUGCUCAAGAAUUUAAAACUUGACAGACGAGUUCACAUCUCAUCUCAAUGUAACAUUACGUGUGUGUUAUUCCCUUUGGACUUUCUCCACACAUUUGUCUUACUACAUAUGGGGUAGAUGACAUUGUUCAGACUACAAUUUAACUGUAAAUAAGAUGAAUCUGUAUUGUAAUAUUAAGUAUUGUCUUUUGUACAUAGUCAAAAUUUAUUGAACAUAAAUCUCACCAAAUUCAUACCAAUAGUGCCUGUUUAGUCCCACUGUUGUAAUGCAUUAUUGUAUUGUAUUAUUCUGUUAAAAUGCAUUUUGUCAAGAUUAGGUAUUUUUAUAUCCAGGGUUCUAUUGCACAAGAAAUAGUAUAGAUUCAAUUGUUAUUUUUAAGAAAAGUAUGUUUAUACACACAGCAAAAACCAACAACCGUUAUAACUACUUUUUCGUUUUUAUGUAUGAAACGAUUUACUUUUGUUUUUGAAACUUUGGAUAUGUAAUCGUUGCAGAAACGUAUUUACUCAACAUAAAGCCGUCCCUGUAUACCAAUGCAAUUAGAGACCAUAAUUGCAAAUAAAAACAAUGUUUCUGUUUACUAAUAAACUCUAUUUACUGUUGUUAUUCAUCUUUGAGAGAGAGCAGGCAUUUAAUUAUUAUGAUUUUUUUUUUUUUUUUACAUCCAAUUUGAUUAUUACAAUUCGUCCUUUUUCGCUUCAAAACCUUUAAUUUGAAUUCUGCUCAAAUGCCAAAAUGGAAGGUGCACAUUGGAAAAUAGUACACCAUAUGCUGAGGAAUCCAUUUGUAUUUUUGUACAAUCAAGAUAUUUAGAAAUGUAAAGAAACAAAUCAGGCUUUUUUAUGGAGACAUUCUCUCUCUCACCAUCUCUCUAUUUCUCUCCCUCACUGUCUCCCUUAAUGCAAGUCUCUGGUGUUUGGUUAUACUAAAGAAAAUGUAUGACUAUCAUGAAUAAAGAGUCACGCUAUAUUUUUUACCUGUAUAGCAAAAUAAAUAUCUGCAAUGUUAAUAACAGAGAAAGAAAAAAAAUGUAAUUUGCUUUUAUUUGAUGGAGUUUUUAAUUAAUUUGCAUCUAUUGUGUUUCAUGUGUUUCAUUCUGCAAAAUAAAUCAAAUAAACGGUUAACGUACCAA